UUAUCAGCUAUAUAGCCCACACGGUUGUCUCGUGGAUACUGGAUAGAUAGCUAUAUCUAUAUCAUCACCGUACCGUAUCAGCUAGGCAGACGAGGAGCAGUGAUCAGUAGUGUGUAACAAUGGCGUUCAUGCGGUACUACCGCGCGCUGCCGGAGGGGGAGACGACGGUGGAGGAGUUCAGGGCGUGGCUGAGCCAGUUCGACGCGGACGGCGACGGCCGGAUCAGCCGGGACGAGCUGGAGCAGGCGCUGCGCAGCCUCAACCUGUGGUUCGUGUGGUGGAAGGCGCGGGAGGCGGUGCGCGCGGCCGACGCCAACCGCAACGGCGCGGUGGACGGCGACGAGAUGGGCAGGCUCUACGCGUUCGCGCACAAGCACCUCCACCUCAAGAUGAGCCAGCUGGACCUGGAGGAGUAGUGCUAGCCUACUCCAUUUUAGUCACUAGUCCUUAUUAGUCCAUAGUGUUCUUCUCAAAAGGGAUUAAUUUAAUUGCGACUAAAAUUUACUCUUUAGUCCCUUCUCCCCAUGGAAAAGAACAGGGCCGAAGUUUGGUAUGCAGUCAUUCUCGAUGAGUUCGUCAGUUCAUUCUGCAGAUGCAGUAUUUCCUGAAUGAAACUUUCAUGGUCGUUGAUUUGGAUGUUUAAUAAGCUGGAGAAGUAGAGAUGGUGCUAUAAAUUAGCUUGUACAUAUAGGUAGUACUCCGUAUAUAUAUACUCCACUAUGUACAAACUGCGUUUUUUCUUUUAUA